CAUCGGUCAGCGAUCGAGAUAUCCAUCCCACAGCAGAAGAGUGCACAGGAAUCUCUGCCGCACACGAAUACAGAAAACACGGACUCCGCGCACUUUGAGCUCAUAGAAGCGCAUCCGGCUUCCCAGCAGCCGAUCGCGUCAGACUGCAUCAAUUGAUUGAGGGAUCUGUAGGAAGAUGGUCAUGGUAACGGGGUGCGCGAUUCUCCUACGUCGGAGCCUAUCCUACCUUCAUCGAGAGAGCCUAUUGUUCAGACAGCUGUUCGACGAUAUCAGCUCAACUUACACCUACUUGAUAGCCGAUCUGCGGUCUAAGGACGCCGCUCUCAUCGAUCCCGUGCUCGAGAAGGUCGAUCGCGAUCUUCAGGUGCUGAAAGAUCUGAGGCUCAACCUCAAGUAUGUCAUGAAUACUCACCUUCAUGCAGACCAUGUGACGGGCUCCUAUCUGUUGAAGAAAUCCGUUCGCGGCUGCCAAAGCAUAAUAUCCGAGUCGUCCGGAGCCAAAGCGGAUAUUCACAUAAAUGACGGCGACACUAUCCAAAUUGGUCCCCACCUUGCUUUGCGGGUGCUCGCCACGCCUGGUCACACGGACGGCUGCGUAUCAUACGUUCAGGAUCAACUAGGGUGUGUUUUCACCGGCGACGCUGUAUUGAUUCGCGGAUGCGGACGAACCGAUUUCCAGCAAGGGUGUCCUGAGCGACUUUACGAAAGUGUCCACUCGAAAAUCUUCACACUGCCGGACUCUUACCUGAUAUAUCCAGCUCAUGACUACAAAGGUUUGACUUGCUCCUCGGUAGAAGAAGAAAAGUCCUGUAACCCGCGGCUCACCAAGUCCAAGGAAGAAUUCGUAGAAAUCAUGAAGAACCUAAAACUCGCCUAUCCGAAGCAGAUUGACAGAGCCUUGCCUCUGAAUCUCGUGUGCGGAUACCAAGAUUGAAAGAUACGAUCCCCCGGGUCAGUUGACGCGGUCACAAGUCGUUUGAGAAAAGCCGUUUUCUCCCUCUACUCGUUCCAUGCUUUUGGGAAGCUCUGGACGAUUAUCAGAAAUGAAUUCAGCAAUAAACGAGUCAUCCUUU